UACUAGAACUAGUGGUUGUCAUAGAGUUGUUUAGUAAUGGCGGACAUCUGUUGAAUUACCUAUAAGAAUUAUACUGAAUUUACUAUAAUGGAUGAGGAAACAGAUAUUUUAAAAGUUCAUGAAAAUUCAGAUCUAGAUGUGGAACAAUCGGAGUUAAUCUUAGAAAAUGAAAAUUUGGAAGGUGAACUAAACGAAGAUGACAAUAAUGACGAAGAGCUUUCCCCCGGAGGUGUCUUAGAUGAAGAGACUAUUGCCCGAGGCUUAUCAAAUCUUGGCAGAUCUGCACAUGGGGAGUAUCAAGUCUAUUUAAAUGUCACCAUUCCUGGAUUCUCAUUGGUUGAUAUUUCACUACUGGGGGAGUACCAGUAUUUACAGAAAGUUGAAGUACCUUAUAAUGAUAUAACAGAUUUAUCUCCUCUUGGAAAACUUCCCCAUCUUCUCAUUCUGGAUGCAUCCCACAACCAAAUAGAAAAACUGCUGGACUUUACUCCUCCUUUCAAUCUGCAGGAAGUGAAUUUCUCAUGGAACAAGAUCACAGAAAUGGGAGAUCUGUCCAGUCAUUACUGCUUACACAAAUUACUUCUUGACAACAAUGAAAUCUCUGGAAUAUUUGGUCUGGAACACUGUAGAAGACUCAAGUACCUCAGUAUGUCUCACAAUCAUAUUUCUAAAAUGUUUGGACUGGAUGAAUUGCCUAUUCAGUAUCUCAAUCUUAGCAAUAACCAAAUCAGGCAUAUAGAAAAUCUUGAAACUUUAAAGUACCUAAGGGAACUGAAUUUGUCUGGAAACAAUGUGCGAAGCUUAUCAGGCCUUAGUAAAAAUACUCUCCUCGAAAUGGUGGAUCUUGAAGAUAAUGAAAUCAUAGACAUAGUUGAGAUCAAUCACAUUAAAAAUGCAAAAAACUUGAGAGAGUUAAAUUUACUCAGAAAUCCAAUCCAAGAGCUGCCAGAUUAUCGACUGUCUGUGCUAUUUCGAUUGAAUAGAUUAGUAAUACUUGAUCGUCACCAUGUUAAAGAAGAAGAAAAGGUGUCUGCUGUGAAUAUGUUUGAUCCACCAAUGGAUGUAGUUGCUGCUAGAGAUCACAUCAUGCAUGUUGUUUAUUCAUUUCUUCAACCUGCCAGAAUCUGGGAUAGCACACUCCCUAGCACAGAGACACCAUAUCCAAUGUUAGUUCUAGUUGGACCUCAAGGAUCUGGGAAGAAAGAACUUGCAAUGAAUUUAGUAGAUGAAUUUGGGGAUUACUUUGGAUUUGGUGUAUCUCAUACUACAAGACGACCAAGAGUGGAUGAAAUACCUGGCAAAGACUACUACUUUGUUUCUCUUGACAAAUUUGAAACUGAUAUUAAAAUGGGCCAGUUUAUUCAGACUUAUCAACAUCAAAAUAAUUGGUUUGGCCUACAAAUGGAAUCUAUAGAGAAUGUUGCCAGAGAUGGACAUGCCUGUGUGGUUCAUAUGGAGCUUGAGGGUGUCAUGACUCUCAAAAAAACAUUCUUUGAGCCCCGCUAUGUCCUGGUUACACCACUCAACCCAGAAAUACAUGAGCGUAGGUUGAGACAGAAGGGAAUUUACUCAGAGGAGCAUAUAAAAAGAACUCUGAAAAGAGUUGACCUUUAUGUGAAACAGAAUCAGGAGCAUCCAGGUUUUUUUGAUAUGAUGAUUUGUAGUGAUGACAUCACUGUAGCCUAUAAACAGAUCCAAAAAAUAGUCAUGGAUUAUUUAGGAAUCAGCCCUGAAGCUCAAGAAAAUUACACAAACCAAAUGAGCAAAAAAGAAACACCUGAUGUCAGUUUUGGCAACAUAAGAGCCAGAACAUGGUCCAGACCAAGUAAUUCAGAGAGCCUGUCACAAAGUCGGGGAUUAAGACUUGAUUCAGUUGGACAUGGCAUUGUGGAAGAAGAAUCUAUCAAGAGACGACAAAGUGCUGCCAAAGAUGUUGUGAACAAUUAUGUACCACCCCUUUAUGACCAAUUAAUGUCCAAGUAUCCAAAAACUGCACCUCAAAUGGCCAACAAACAGAUUGGACUAGGUCAUGAACAACGAGCCGCCACAGCCCCAACUAAAAAGGAACAAGGAGGAAAUAUUUAUGAUGAUACAGGUCCUGCAGACUCACCAGAUUCUUCCAGUGUUGAAAGCAGUGUUUCCAGAUUAUCUGAUCUUGAUUCUGCUGCAGAACUGGAACCUACUCUGCUGGAGGAGGAGUACAAUAUGAAUGCCGAUAGCCAGCUUCCAACAGAGACAAUGAAUCCUUUAACUUUAAUGGGGACCAGUUCAAACUUGCAAUAUUCAAAUAGACCAGCUUCUAAAACACUUAGGCCAGGUUCAGACCGGCAUCAUGUUUUGCCUCCAAUACAACCAGCUGGUGUUUAAUAAUGAUGGAGCUCAUUUGCCUAUAUAUUACCCAUAUUGGCAACAACAACAAAACUGAAUUUUCUUUUUAUAUUCUUUUCAUGUUGCUGUUACUAAAAAGAUUAAGAAGUCUGAUAGAAGCAAAAUGUUUUUCAAAUUAUAUUCAUUUCAAAUUGUUGUUUCACCCUACAAUAAGAAAUGGGCAAAGUUUGUUUCUGAUUCAAUUAUUAGGACAAUUCAUUUCUACAUAUCUUUGAAUAAUAGUACAUAAUUUACUCAUUUUUAUUUUAAAAAGUGUAAUUAGGUCCAAAGGUCUAGAAGGCUUAAAAAUUAGCAAGUAAAAUCAGUCUUUUAAAAAUAAUGUUCACUUUUUAAAGGGAGAUUAUGAACAGGUACAAAAUAAAAUUGAAGCUAAGACAACUUGGUAUUCUGGAACAUGCUGUGGCCUUUGUAUAAGGCAAUUAACAUUUUGACCCAAUAAACACGUUUAUAAUGUUUCACUGA